AUGUCAACUGCUAGAUCUGAACACUUGACUAUUGGCUAUCCUCCUAAAAGUGCCAACGGUCGUUCUACUUCGCCGACCACAAAUCUACCUCCGGUCGACUCUCCAGGCGCAUCUACCGUUAGAUCCCCAUUCGGCAUGUCUGGUGUUUUGAAUCCACCUGGCAAGAUGGCAGGCACCACGCGUUCCGGGGCUGGUUCUCCCUCGCACGAGACUGCCGGAUCUAGUAGGCUCUUCUCUAAGAGAGCCCGAGAAAUUCAAGCCCAAGAAGGUGUUGCUGGUCUAUCGAACAACCCCUGGGGUGGUCCUCCAACCAGCGGUAAUUCGACGCCCCUACGAGAGAAUAUCCCCGAGUCGCCAACGGACGGAUUCCCGGACUUUGCGCAACUCCCUACUCCUGAUAGCUUGCCCUCGACACGACGUGCACGAGCCGGCACUGUUCCAUCCCGAUUCCCCGCUGGUGGCAUAGGGAGUGGUAUGCUCAGCAUCCCUUCAAUCUCUUCCCAAUCCACCCGACCGACGCCAUCCCAAAGCCCGUUCAAAUCGCCAUCUCCAAAUUUGAACGAUGCGCCGGAGUCCUCCCGAUCUUCUUCCCACCUCCUGUCAAGACUCCGAGCCGGUUCCAUGCCACAGCGCAGUCCCUUUUCUCACGGCCCAGGCAGUAGCUCGCCUUUUGGCCCUUCGGUUUUCAGUACAUGGAACCCAAGUGCUGGUCGUGAGAGAGGUAACACCCUCGCCAGCAUAGCGAGCGUCGGAUCAAAUGGACCAAGCUCGCCAGCACAGUCUGCGUUUUCGAAGGAGGGCCCAGGUGACAAUGAUGUCCAUAUGAGGACUCUUGAUUACCUAGGUUUGGCCGAAACACCGCAGCCAGCUCGUGCUCAGUUGGCUAGCACCCCUUACUUGCCUGGUCUUGCCGACUUCAAGCAAGCCAACCGAUUCCGUUCCUAUUCGGUCAACAAUAAAGACAAGUAUGCGGACGAGGAGGAUGAUGGGUAUGAUGAUGACAGCAUGGCACUUGAGAGCCAAUACGCUGCGCAUCUUCAGGACCAGCUUGCUGCUACUAAUGCUGCUAUCCAUAACCACAACUUGGCCGUUCAAGGACUCCAAGCAUUUGCUUCUCAAGCGUCAUCUACUCGACCCCGUGCCCGCACCGCUGGUGUUUUAGACUUGCAGGGAGCAGGUUCAAGGUUGAUGCGAAACUACUACCCUACUCCUUCGCGCCUUGACAGCUCUAUGACGGCUGCUGAAAUUCGACUACCGGAAGAGAAGGAAUUUGAUGACCUUCCCACAGCUGUAGCCGCGAUGAAUCUGGGUAGGUCGAAUAGUCGAAACAACGGGUUGUUGACGGCGGAAGAGGCUGGUCUUGAGGGUCCUACGAGUGCCUUAUGGCUUGGAAGCAUCCCAACCUCGACAACUACGUCAACUCUAACCGAGAUGUUUAAGUCGUAUGGCCCUAUCCUAUCUGCGAGGGUACUGACGCACAAGAACUGCGGUUUUGUCAAUUUUGAGAGGAUCGAUAGCGCUAUCUCGGCAAAGGCUAGCAUGAAUGGUAAGGAGAUCUUCCCUGGAGCUGGCCCUAUUCGCAUCAACUUUGCAAAGCCUCCCUCCGCAUCGAACACGCCUGGUCAUGAUGGGGUAUUCCCAAGUCCCAGCCCUGACCCAUUUGCAAAGAGUCAGGACGGAACUAGUCCUAAUACUGUCGCUCCUACGAGUGACAACACGGCGGCGGCCUCGAACACAACGAAUGCGGCGCCAGUAAUUCCACCCCUACGUGACAUGACAGGAGACAUUCUCCAGAUUGUGAAGUCCUUUGGUGCCAAUGACGAAGACACCUACCGUAUCUCCCACAAUCUCCAACAGGCUAUUCAAUACACCGCGUUUAUCGACGAGAUCCCCCCGAUUCGCGAGCCAACUCACACCAGGGUCCAUGACGCACCGAAGCUGAGGGAUAUCCGGAAACGCAUUGACAACCAAAGCUUAUCUCAGGGAGAGAUUGAGCACAUAGCUACUGAGAUGCUUCCUGAGAUUGCAGAGCUAUCUUCGGAUUAUCUGGGUAACACAGUCGUCCAGAAAUUGUUCGAGCAUUGCUCGGACAACAUCCGAGAUCUCAUGUUGGCCAAGAUUUCACCACACAUGGCUGAAAUCGGUGUCCACAAGAACGGUACCUGGGCUGCGCAAAAGAUCAUUGACGUCUGCAAGACACCCCAUCAGAUGACCUUAAUCGUUCAGAAUCUUCGACCGUACACUAUGCCAUUGUUCCUCGAUCAAUACGGCAACUACGUUUUGCAAGGAUGCCUCAAAUUUGGCGCUCCGUUCAAUGAUUUCAUUUUUGAAACCAUGCUUAGCAGGAUGUGGGAAGUUGCUCAAGGUCGAUAUGGUGCUCGAGCCAUGCGAGCGUGUCUCGAAAGCCACCAUGCUACGAAGGACCAGCAGAGGAUGCUUGCUGCGGCUAUUGCUCUUCACAGUGUGCAACUAGCUACCAAUGCCAACGGCGCUCUUUUGUUGACCUGGUUUUUGGACACAUGCACAUUCCCUCAACGACGUAGUGUACUAGCUCCACAGCUAGUUCCGUAUCUCGUCCACCUUUGCACGCAUAAGGUUGCAUACCUGACAGUCCUGAAGGUCAUCAACCAAAAGUCCGAGCCAGAAGCAAGGGACACUAUUCUUAAGGCUCUGUUCUUUACUCCCAAAGACCAAAUCCUGGAGGCUAUCCUGAGCGACCACGCUUGUGGUGCUACAUUGAUCUUCAAGGUUCUAACUACGCCAUUCUUUGACGAGAGCAUUAGGGGACAAGUAGUGGAGAACGUGAAGAGUGUUCUUGUUCGUAUCAAGGCACAACCCAACCAAGGGUAUAAGAGGCUUAUGGAUGAAGUUGGUCUAUCUACUCGCACUGGCGGCGGAGGAGGUGGAUCUCGAGAUCAUUCCGUGGGUAACAACGCGACUAUUGAACGACAACGACCCGGAUCCCGCCAAGCCCAAGCUAACGCCGCUGCCGUACAGCAGAACUCUCAGUAUGGCAAUCAAUACCUGAACCCACUCAACCCUGCUAGUAACAACUCGAACUUCGAUAUGGGCGGCUUCCCCGCACCCAGGAGUGAGAGCGUCGAGCCUGGAAUGUCUGCAUUCCCGCCGUAUGGGGUCCAAGGACCAAUGUAUAAUGCUACUAGUGGAUCGAUGGCGCCGGCGAACAUGCAGCAGCUACAGUACCAGCAGAACAUGCUCCCACGUGGGACGCCACCGAUGAACAAUUACUUCCCGCCUAUGCAGGCAGGCUAUGGGGGUUAUAAUAACCCAAACCCACCAAUGGAUCAGUACCGUGGUCAGGCCGCGGCAAAUGGUAGCCCCAUCCAGCCGCCUGGGGCUCCCGCAGGAUUCGCGCCCCCUGGAUUCGGUAUGGGCAUGGGCAUGGGAGGUUACGGGUACGGUAAUGCCGUCCCGUAUAUGCAGGAGCAACCAGUCAACGCCAGGCGCGGACGCGUAGGUCAACCCCCUCAAAGGAAGAGGUCACCUCGACCUUGA